CUGCUGAGCUUCACUCCACUCUCUCCAGUCUCUUCUCGCCACACCAGAGAGGACAUACCGCCACAGCUAACAGAUGAUGGAUUUCACAAGGAACCUGUGAAAGAAACCCCAAGGAACCUGUGAACACCAUUGUCUUUGUUCUUCUAGAGUUAAUGUACCUGAUACAGAGAAACUCAUAGCAGGCAAAUUAUUUAAUAGCAACUAAACUUGGAGAAACCGAAAAAAGGGAAAGAAGGAAAAGGUGGGAAAAGGGAAAGUGGUGAGUUCUGAUUCCCUCCAGCUCUUGACUGUUGAGAGCUGGCAGAAUAAAGACGUCACUAUACACAGUCACCCACAGCCAGAUUACAAGAUCUACACCAGCUGUGAGAAUGCCACCCGAGUUACAUGUCGGAGUGCCCGCUCUGCUACUGGGCAUGCUGCUGCUGUGGGACCCUCUGGUGGUCAGGGGUCAGAAUGACACUGAGCCAAUUGUCCUGGAGGGGAAAUGUUUAGUGGUUUGUGAUUCCACACCAUCUUCAGAACCAGCAAACAACGCACUGGGCAUGUCAGUGCGGUCCGGAACCGGGCGGGUAGCUUUCUCUGCGACCCGGCAAACCAACCACGAGCCCACGGACAUGAGCAACCGCACCAUGAUCAUCUACUUUGACCAGAUUUUGGUGAAUGUUGGCGGCCAUUUUGACCAGGAAAGCAGUGUCUUCUUAGCUCCGAGGAGAGGGGUGUACAGCUUCAACUUCCACGUAGUAAAAGCCUACAACAGACAAACCAUACAGGUCAGCUUGAUGCUAAAUGGAUGGCCAAUGAUUUCUGCUUUUGCUGGGGACCAAGACGUGACCCGAGAGGCAGCUACUAAUGCUGGUUUAGUGAUCAUGGAGAGGGGGGACAAGGCCUACCUGAAACUGGAGCGAGGCAACCUCAUGGGGGGCUGGAAGUACUCCACCUUCUCCGGCUUCUUGGUCUUCCCCCUGUAAAUUGAUGGAUUUUCAGCGCAUAAUCCUAAUAUUGAAAUAUUUGUCUGGAAAACCAGCGCAAAGAUUAUAUCAGAGAAAAGGACAUUUGUCAUGCAAAAUAUAGAUUAUGUUCUAUUCUAAUUAUAGUUAUAAUUUUAUUUUUAAUUAUUAAAAAAAAAUAAGCAAGAAAGUUCUGUAUAAUUCAGUCUCUGAGAUACAGUGGCAAGGAAAGUAUGUGAACCAUACAAGACCUGUAAGUUAAUAUAUUUGUUAAAACCCUUGACCUGGAUGAAGAUCAGUUCACAUUUUAUGACAUUUUUUUGCAGAAAACCAUAAAAUUCCAAUGAAUUUAAAUACUUUUCUUGCCACUGUGUGCACUAUAUUGCCAAAAGUAUCUGCUAGUCUAAAUUGCAUUUUGUGAUGGAAGGCUUGAAAGAAGCUGCUCGGCCAUGGAAACCCAUUCAAUGAAGCUCUCUACACUCUACAGUUCUUGAUCUAAUCUGAAGCUACAUAAAGUUUGGAGGUGUGUAGUGAUGUAGUGAUUCUGCAGAAAGUUGGUGAACUCUGUGCACUAUGCUCCUCAGCAUCCGCUGACCCCGCUCUGAUAUUUUACACCGACAGAGCGAGUUACUGUCGUUUCCAGUCUCUUCCACUGUAUUAUAAUAGCACUGACAGUUGGCUGUGGAAUAUUCAGUAGUGAGAAAAUGUCACGACUGGACUUGGACAAAUAUACUUUAUUUUUGGCAAUAUAGUGUAGAAAUAUUUAUACAGAGUGGUUUAAUGUGAAAUGGUUUGUUGUAGAGAAACGUGUGGACAUUUUGGAUUUCUGGAUUCUUGAUGGUGAUAGGUACCAAAGCACAAACAUAGCCGUUUUAUUCACAACCCAAAAUUGCAGAUUUAACCUACAUAGUUUAUUGAGUGUUAUAUUAUUAAUGUUCAUGCUUUAUCCAUACCAUAUAUGUAUUAUAAAUAUGUUUUAAGACACAAAAAUUCUCAAACCUAGAUGAGACCCUUUAGAAAAAUAACUGAAUCAAUCGCUUCCUUUAACAAUGAACAAGCUUCUUACACCUUAAAACUGAAUUCGGACCACUCUUUUAUUUGCUCUUUUAUAACUGCUCCAGGUCUCUUAUAUUUGAAGGGGGCCUUCUCCCAACUGCAGUUUUAACUUCCAGGUGUGCCAACACUUUUAGCCAUGUUAAACUCAGAGGCCCAGUGCUUUAACCACUGAGCCACCACUAGCCAACCACUGGACUGUUAUAACC